AUGGGGUCCAAUUUGCCUCCCCGUCAGACUUUCUCCACGACGCGAGGUUAUAGUUACUCGUAUAUCCACGCUGGAAGCCGAGACGGGAAGCCAACCCUCCUGUUCAUUCACGGUUGGCCUUCACAUAUCGACGACUGGGUGAACCAGAUCAACCACUUUCAGUCGAACGGCUAUGGUGUUCUCGCCCCCGACAUGCUUGGUUAUGGCGGAAGCAGUAAUCCUCCGGAUGUGAACGCAUAUCGACUGAAGCUUAUAUGCCAAGAUUUGGCAGAAUUACAAGAUCAAGUCAAAGUUGCUAAGACGAUAGGAGUGGGCCAUGAUUGGGGUGCGACCAUCUUAUCACGUCUCGCAAUGUAUUAUCCACAUUCUCUGUCGGCUGUUGCAUUCCUGGGCAUUGGUGUGCCAAGCCCCGGUGUGCGAUUCGAUUUGGAUGCCAUCAACGAAAUGACGAAGAAGGCGUCCGGGAUGGAGAUGCUUGGUUAUAUCAAUUACAUCUGUCGCGAUCCUAUAUCGCAGCAGACAAUGGAGAGAAACGCCGAGUCUGUAAUGGACAUUAUGUUUGCAGCUGACCCCAGGACCUGGUAUAAGUUCUUCCAUCCGUUAGGCGGGAUGAAAGAUUUUGUGGAAGGGCAGCAUCGCCAAGAGGUAGGUGAGUGGUUUUAUCGAGAGCUACAACAGAAACACCUUGAAGUGUUCAAGAGGCUGGACGGAUAUCUUGGGCCAUCCCGUUACUACCAGAUGCUGGAUCAGAAUCUUUCGCUUCCAGACGAGGAAGAACUCAAGGACUUUAAGAUCACAAUCCCAGCGCUAGUGGUUAUACCGAGUACGCCGGCACAUUCAGCACAGAUGCAGGUGCAAAUAACCUCUUCGUGGGUACCGAGAUUGCUGGUUAGAACGAUUGACUCGGGCCAUUGGGUCCAUCUUGAGAAAAGCAACGAGACGAACGAAGCGCUUGAGGAAUUGCUACAAAGCCCAGAUCUGAUGUGA